AUGGCCGGCAGCGCAAACAAAUACCGUCACCUCAACCGUGACUCGGCUCACCGUCAGGCAUUGCUUCGGAAUCUGGUCACAUCUCUCUUCCAGCACGAGUCGAUCACAACAACAUGGCCCAAGGCCAAGGAGGCCCAACGAUUGGCAGAGAAAUUGAUUACCCUGGGCAAGAAGAACACCGAGACUAGCAGGAGAACAGCACUGUCGACUUUCUACACUCCACAUGAUAUCCUCCCCAAACUCUUCGGCCCCCUCCGUGAACGCUAUGCGCAACGCCCAGGUGGUUAUACACGGGUAUUGCGAGUCGAACCCAAGAAGGCGGACCAAGCUCCCAGCGCCAUCCUCGAGCUCGUCGACGGACCGAAGGAUAUGCGAUUCCAUCUGACUGCCCGGACCGUUGCGCGUCAACAGGCGCAGGGCCUGGAUACCCUUGGUGAAAUCACGACAAUGAAUGUUAGGAAGGUGACUCAGUUCCGGAAGGAUGGUGUUGAGGAUUUGGAGGGUGCGAUAAAGCGGUUAGAGCUUCAAGAUAGAAAGACGCAGCCGGCAGCGUCAGAAGCGGCUGAGAUUGUUGAGACGAAGAGACGGUAA